AUGGAUAGCCAUUUUGGAUGGGGAGGUGUAGUUGAUGGAUGGAGGAAAGGUCCUUGGACAUCUCAAGAAGACAAGCUUCUUUGUGAGUAUGUUAACAUUCAUGGAGAAGGGAGAUGGAACUGUGUGUCCAACAUCACAGGAUUGAGAAGGAGUGGGAAGAGUUGUAGAUUGAGAUGGGUGAACUAUCUUAGGCCAGACUUAAAGAGAGGAAAGAUAACUCCUCAAGAGGAGAACAUCAUCUUAGAGUUGCAUGCAAGAUGGGGAAAUAGGUGGUCAACAAUUGCAAGAAGUCUUCCUGGAAGAACAGACAAUGAAAUCAAGAACUAUUGGAGAACACAUUUCAAGAAAAGCCAAGUCUUCAUCAUCAAAAAAUUAACCUUCAAAGAUCAAAAAUUACCAAAGUCUCUAAUCCAACAAGAUCAAAAAUCAUGA